AUGUCAUUCACCUCCAGAUCCUACACCUCUGCCAGGGCCCUCAGCAUGUAUGGGGGUGCCGGUGGCCGCGGUUCCCGCAUCUCCACCUCCCAGGCUGGGGGACUCUACGGCACCGCUUCCUCCAGGGGUGGCUUAGACCUGGCUGAUGGCCUGGACCUCCACGUGUCAGCCAACGAGAAGGCCACCAUGCAGAACCUGAACGACCGCUUGGCCUCCUACCUGGAGAAGGUGAGGCUUCUGGAGAAGGAGAACGCCGAGCUGGAGAAGAAAAUCAAGGACUGGUAUGCAUCACGCCCGGUUAUCUGCCACGACCACAGCGCCUACUUCGCCACCAUUGCUGGCCUGAAAGACAAGGUAAGACGGAGAGGGAGAGGGAGAGGGAGAGGGAGAGGGGAAGGGAGAGGGAGAGGGAGAGGGAGAGGGAGAGGGAGAGGGAGAGGGAGAGGGAGAGGGGGAAGGGUGUGUGUGUGUGUGUUAGAAUUAAGGGUGUGUGACACCUGAAAAUGUUUAAUUUAUUCCCAAAAGCACUUCAUCAUCACUGUUGAUUUAUUUGCUGGCUCCUCUGUGUAUAGGCAGUUAGUUGUUGCAUCUGUUCCUCUCUAUGGGGGUGAGGAGGGAAAUGUGUGUGGGAUGUGGGUGUUUCAACUAAAAGGAAUUCUGUCAGAGAACGUUUUUGUUCUGUUCCUUGAAGGCCAAUGCAGGUUACGUACUAAAAUAAUGUCAUUAACUACAACUUCACACAUCCAUAUUCUUAUGUCAAUCUUAUCUGUCUAUAGCUACAAACCAGAUUUGCAACCAAAGCUGUGUCCCAAAUGGCACGCUAUUACCUAAACAGUGCACUAUUUUUGACCAGAGCCCUAUGGGUCCUGGUCAAAAGUAGUGCACUUUAUAGGGAAUAGGGUGCUAUUUGGGAAACAACCCAAGUCUCAUUUUUGGCAGUCCUGCUGCAGGUCACAGUCACUUGAGAAUGUGCGUAUAAUGAUGUGGGUGAAAAUUAACACAGUGCCAUCAUGAUUUCUGUUCCACAGAUCAGUUUGGCAUCCAGGUCCAAUGCCAAGACUGUGCUGGACAUCGACAAUGCCAAGCUUGCUGUUGAGGACUUCAAGAUGAAGUAAGGGGAUACUAACUACUAUGAAUCAUGACACACUAUUUAUACACUGCUCAAAAAAAAAUUAAGGGAACACUUAAACAACACAAUGUAACUCCAAGUCAAUCACACUUCUGUGAAAUCAAACUGUCCACUUAGGAAGCAACACUGAUUGACAAAAAAUUUCACAUGCUGUUGUGCAAAUGGAAUAGACAACAGGUGGAAAUUAUAGGCAAUUAGCAAGACACCCCCAAUAAAGAAGUGGUUCUGCAGGUGGUGACCACAGACCACUUCUCAGUUCCUAUGCUUCCUGGCUGAUGUUUUGGUCACUUUUGAAUGCUGGCGGUGCUUUCACUCUAGUGGUAGCAUGAGACGGAGUCUACAACCCACACAUGUGGCUCAGGUAGUGCAGCUCAUCCAGGAUGGCACAUGAAUGCGAGCUGUGGCAAGAAGGUUUGCUGUGUCUGUCAGCGUAGUGUCCAGAGCAUGGAGGCGCUACCAGGAGACAGGCCAGUACAUCAGGAGACGUGGAGGAGGCCGUAGGAGGGCAACAACCCAGCAGCAGGACCGCUACCUCCGACUUUGUGCAAGGAGGAGCAGGAGGAGCACUGCCAGAGCCCUGCAAAAUGACCUCCAGCAUGCCACAAAUGUGCAUGUGUCUGCUCAAACGGUCAGAAACAGACUCAAUGAGGGUGGUAUGAGGGCCCGACGUCCACAGGUGGGGGUUGUGCUUACAGCCCAACACCAUACAGGACGUUUGGCAUUUGCCAGAGAACACCAAGAUUGGCAAAUUCGCCACUGGCGCCCUGUGCUCUUCACAGAUGAAAGCAGGUUCACACUGAGCACAUGUGACAGACGUGACAGAGUCUGGAGACGCCGUGGAGAACGUUCUGCUGCCUGCAACAUCCUCCAGCAUGACCGGUUUGGCGGUGGGUCAGUCAUGGUGUGGGGUGGCAUUUCUUUGGGGGGCCGCACAGCCCUCUAUGUGCUCGCCAGAGGUAGCCUGACUGCCAUUAGGUACCGAGAUGAGAUCCUCAGACCCCUUGUGAGACCAUAUGCUGGUGCGGUUGGCCCUGGGUUCCUCCUAAUGCAAGACAAUGCUAGACCUCAUGUGGCUGGAGUGUGUCAGCAGUUCCUGCAAGAGGAAGGCAUUGAUGCUAUGGACUGGCCCGCCCGUUCCCCAGACCUGAAUCCAAUUGAGCACAUCUGGGACAUCAUGUCUCGCUCCAUCCACCAACGCCACGUUGCACCACAGACUGUCCAGGAGUUGGCGGAUGCUUUAGUCCAGGUCUGGGAGGAGAUCCCUCAGGAGACCAUCUGCCACCUCAUCAGGAGCAUGCCCAGGCGUUGUAGGGAGGUCAUACAGGCACGUGGAGGCCACACACACUACUGAGCCUCAUUUUGACUUGUUUUAAGGACAUUACAUCAAAGUUGGAUCAGCCUGUAGUGUGGUUUUCCACUUUAAUUUUGAGGGUGACUCCAAAUCCAGACCUCCAUGGGUUGAUCAAUUUGAUUUCCAUUGAUAAUUUUUGUGUGAUUUUGUUGUCAGCACAUUCAACUAUGUAAAGAAAAAAGUAUUUAAUAAGAUUAUUUCAUUCAUUCAGAUCUAGGAUGUGUUGUUUAAGUGUUCCCUUAAUUUUUUUGAGCAGUGUAUAAAACAUUUGUCUUUCACUCAAGGCUCUAUACAACACACUCUGAGUAGAAGUUACCCUUUUAGACACAGAACUAGAAUCAGCCUACCCAAGCUAAAUCCUGUCCAUAACUAUUAGUGAGGAAAAGGCUAAACUGACCUUAGAUCAAUGACCGUGUCCAAAUGCCCAUACUGGCGUACUACAUAAUUAAACUGCAUACUCAUUUCGGUGUUUGAUCUAGUAGAAUUCACUUGUCUUUUCCGACUCACAUGUUUGACAACAGCUGAUAAUCAGAUUAAACGAGACACUGUACCAAAAUGAAUGAAUGGCGGGAGUCAAUGCAAUCUCGCAUUAGAUUACACAUUCGUAGUACUAUUUUCAAAUUUCACAUACUAUAAAACACACUAUUUAGUACGCUAAUAGGGGUAUUCGGACACGGCCAGUGUUUAGCCAUCCCUACUCGAUAGACAAAGCAAAAGAUUACAAUUCUGAAAACAAAUUGGUAGCCUGUGUGACCUUUGACCUUUGCCCUGCUCAGGUAUGAGAAUGAGCAGGCCAUGAGGAUGGCAGUGGAGGCAGACAUCAGUGGUCUGAGGAGGGUCCUGGAUGACAUGAGCCUGGGUCGCUCUGACCUGGAGAUGCAUUACGAGGGUCUGAAGGACGAGCUCAUCAUGCUCAAGAGGAACCACCAGGAGGUAACGGAUCGUUCCGGGCAACGGUUAUUCAUAGUACAACCACACUGUAUAGCACAGGGGAGCUGUUUUUCCACAGUACACCCAUUCAAAACCAAAAUGCCAUACCGUCAUAUCUUUCACUCAAGUUACGAUGUCCACCAACGCCCACACGUUGUCACCUCCCUCCUCGCAUCCACACCUAAAACAGAUAUGUACCAUGGCAUGUUUGUGCUAGUGAAUCUGAAUAGGAAUGGCAUGCAUAUGUUUACUUGUUAAUACUGACCUAAUAGUGCAAACAGUAGUAGAAAAAUGAAUUUAUUUUUUGCUUAGUAUUCAGUGAUGACAUACAAUAGGCCCUACAUGUAUUGCAUUCCACUUACAGCAGCAAAUAACUCACUUCAGUAGGCAUCCACAUGACAGUUGCUAGGUGGAAGGAUAUCAUUGGCCACUGAGGAGUACUUAGCCCUGUUUUGCAUGGGGUGUUAUUGAAGCAGUUAAUGUUUUGCACACAAAUAUGACAUCUACCUAACCUCUGCUGAUAUCACACCAGGAUUUCCUUUACACAGAUGGAUGGGUGUUUUUUUUUAUAACACGGUUCCUCUCCCCUCCUCACACUUCCUAGUAUUCUUAAUUUCUUCCAUUAACUCACUAUUACCCUUUGUGGGACUCUUACAUCCACAAACACACAAAUGACAGUUCAUGUAUGGUGCAUAAUGGGUAAUAUCUUGACCCGUAGGAGACUGGUCAAGACUUAGUCCCUCAGGUUAGAAGUCCUCUGGUUGAAACACAUGUAAUCACAAGUGUGGUGCUGCACUGUAAUAGCAAAUACUCAGACUUAUCUAAAACAUUGAGACCUGUUUACUCGCCGUCAAGCUACUGUUGGUUGUUACGGUUACUAACUGCGGUUACGUCCUCUGACCUUUGACCUAUAGGAGAUUGCCCUGGUGAAGACCCAGGUGGGCAGCCAGGUGAAUGUAUCGGUGGAUGCUGCCCCAUCCCAGGACCUGAACGCAGCCAUGACCGAGAUCAGGAAGCACUACGAGUCUGUGGCUGCCAAGAACUGCAAAGAACUGGAAGCCUGGUACCAGGGCAAGGUGAGCUGAGUGACCAAGAUACUACAUGUAGUCAUUUACCCCAAAGUGUUAUUCUCUAAUUCAGCUUUAGACAAUGUCAGCUGCCCCAAAAAAACAUGCAUUCAAAUGUAAAGUGUUACAUUUGAAGUGUUCAUUACAAAACAUGUUUAAAGCAUGAAGAAAGUAUAUUAUCUGUAUAGGAGGAAGUCAAUGAUCUAUUGAAGCAUGGAAAUCAAUUUAGAGACUGAAUAAGUAGGCUCUGAGGUAAACUGUGUUGACUAAUGCUGUUUUUCUACUUGUACAGCUGGCCACAGUGGAGAUUGAAGUCGUGACAAACAAUGAGCAGCUGGUGAGCUGCCUCACAGAGUUGAAGGAGUCCAAGAGCACCCUCCAGAGGCUUCAGAUUGAACUGCAGUCCCAUCUGAGCAUGGUACAAGAUCUCCCAGCAUCCGCACCAUACACAAAUCGGGUCUUUACACACACACACACUCUUACACUCUUAUUCUUCUUUUUUGUUAGAAGUUUUCAGAGAUGUAAGUGACCAGCAUGUGGCGUUACAGCACUAAUACUACAGGAAUAAAAACAUGCACACUAAACUGAACAUAAGCCAUAUUGGAAUUGGAAGUGAAAACCCAGGCAUGGAUGAUAGCAUGUAGGCCAGGUCUCUGCUUGUCAUUAUUCUGACACCCAUAAAUACCUUACUGACAUUUUCAACUUGGCAACAUGCCCACCUCAUGUCUGGACUUGACCCAACAUUUUUCUGGGGGUGUAGUCUAUUGGAGCACCAGAUUCACAACCUCUCACUCACUUUUGUACAACAGAGUUCUACAAUAAUAGAAUAUUAUCCAUGUGUGUAGUGCAUUGGAGAGGGCACACACUCUAUCCCCCUCCAACAGAAGCAAAACUGCAACAGUGUCACAUACUGUGAUAGUAUAUCAUUGGACAAGGUACCAGUAUACCCACAGGGUGAAGUUUCCCUAGGUACAGAUCUAAGAUCAACUUCCCCUCCCCAAUACUAAACUUAACCAUUAGUGGGGGAGGAAAUGCAAAACUGACCCAAGAUCAGCAUCUAGGGGCAACUUCACCCUACACCCACUAAUCCCCUCCACCCCUCCUUCCCCAAUAGAAAUCCUCCCUCGAGGGCACCCUGGCAGACACCCAGAAGCGCUACUCUGCUCAGCUGGCAGGGCUCCAGAGCAUGGUGACUAGCCUGGAGCUCCAGCUCUCCCAGCUCCACGCCAACAUCGCCCACAACAAGCAGGAGUAUGACAUGCUGCUGGACCUCAAGACCCGGCUGGAGCUCGCUGAGUACAGGAGGCUGCUGGAUGGAGAGGAAGAGAGUUCCUCCCAAGGUAAACCAUUGCAUACAGCUGGCAAUGUAGGCAUUUGUAGACUUUAUGCCAAAUGCAUGAUCAUGAGACUCAUGAGACUUGGUCUUGCUUGAUUUUAAGCUGAAAGCAAUAUACUGUAUCUUCAAAACUUGAAUGUUGACAAUUAUUCUGGACUGUAUCAAAAGUGGACUAAUGAAGAAUAGUGGACUAAUGUCAAUUUUUGUCUCCCCAGUGGUUACCAAGACGAUCACCGUGACCCAGACCAUUGUGGAUGGAAAGGUGAUGGAAACCACUGAGUCUGUUAAAUAA